AUGCCUCAAGUAAACAGAAGCCAGAAAGCUCCUCCAGAUGGCUUGGAGUUGAUUAAAUGUUGCUUUGAUGAGAUGGAUCAGAAGCUGAGAGAAGUGGACACGGAGCCCCAUGAGGGAAAGAGGAAGUGGAGGUCCCUGUGGCCCACCUUCAGGAUCCACCAUGAGAACACACGCAGUAUCUUUGACUUCUUUUAUAAGACGAGAGCCAUGAGCUAUGAGUAUCGCAUCAAAGAGGGCUAUGCCAACAAGAACCUGAUUGCAAAGUGGAAGAAGCAGAGCAUUGAGAACCUGUGUUGUCUGAGCUGCAUCCAGACCUGGGACACCAACUUUGGGAUCAACUGCAUCGGCUGGGUCCCCAAAAGCAAGUUUGAAGUGGGCCGGAUCAUCGAGUGCAGGCACUGCAGCUGCCGAUGCCACUCUGGCUGGGCUCUCUGGUAG